CAAGACAUUCAGAUUAAAAGUGUGUCAGAGAGACAAAGUAUAUUUCAGAUAAUUGUACAUAUUGAGUGUAUAAGAAAAUAAGAAUGGAUUCUUGUAAUAAUUCUGAAUUGUUUUUUGACGAAGCUUGUGUAUUCUUAAAAAGUUUAUUAAAAUUUGACACAUGGCUAUACUCCUUAUCAUCUGAUUGCUUUCAGUGUCCAUACAAACGAUUGGAAAAAAUCCCACUGGAAUCAAAUUUCAGUAUUAAAUUUAAUACAGUGCAAUCUUACAGUUGGCGAGUUUUAAAAAAUAAUGGAACUGAAGAUUUUCUAUCCGCCACAGAUUCAAGAAAUGUCCUAUGUCAAUUGGAUUCCAAACUUGGACAAUUUGGACAGUAUGAGUUAAUAAUUAAUGACACAAAUUGUAGGAUUGAAACCAUUAAACAUCCUACAAAUGCCUACAUUUCACUUGCUAUUGCAAUUGGAAUCGUUAUGAGCCUUCUCCUUGGUUUGUCACUUGUGAAUUAUUUAACGAAAGCUUUGCUAAAAAUUUAUCAUAAAUCGGAAAUGACUAAUAAACCAGAAAAAUCAAUUAAAAAUCGUGUUAAAGCUAUUGACACGUUCAGAGGGAUCAGUAUAAUUUAUAUGAUAUUUGUAAAUAAUGGAGCUGGAGGUUUUCCUCUUUUGGAACAUGCAACAUGGGAUGGAUUACGAAUUGGUGAUUUCGUAUUUCCUUGCUUUCUCUGGAUUAUGGGUGUCUGUAUUCCUAUAUCUUUAUUCUCUCAACUUUCCCGAGGUGUUUCCAGAUUGAAAAUCUGUGUAUCUAUUGUUAAGCGCAGUAUUUGGCUCUUUCUCAUUGGAAUAUCUUUAAAUACUCUUGUAAAUGGAUCUCAAUUAGAGGAUAUUCGAAUUUUUGGAGUACUUCAAAGAUUUAGCGUUGCAUAUCUAAUUAGUGGUUGUAUAUACGCUCUUCAAAGUUCGAGAACAAAAGAAGAAAAAGAUAUUUUCAAAAACUUUGCUGAUAUCAUUUCAUUAUGGAUACAAUGGAUUAUUAUUAUUUGCAUCGUCAUCAUUCAUUCCUUAAUUACAUUUAAACUUUCUAUUCCCGAAUGCCCUAGAAAUACUUCUAGGGGUUACUUAGGUCCAGGUGGACAACAUGCAAAUGGAAAGUAUAUAAAUUGCACUGGUGGUUCUGCAGGAUAUAUUGACAAAACAUUAAUGGGUGUAAAUCAUGUUUUCCAAUGGCCAGAGAUACGUUCAGUUUAUGGAUCUGAACCAUUUGAUCCUGAAGGAAUUCUUGGUUGCCUUACGUCUAUUUUCCAAGUAUUUUUAGGCAUUCAAUCCGGACAGACUAUUCUUUACUAUCGAGAUUGGAAACAAAGAAUUUUAAGAUGGUUUUCAUGGGCUUUAAUUCUUGGAAUAGUGGGAUGUAUUCUUCAUUUAAAUGACAUUAUUCCAAUAAAUAAACAUUUAUGGUCACUUUCUUUUGUUUUUGUCACAACGUCCUUUGCACUGUGUUUGCUUUGCAUAUGUUAUCUUUUGGUCGACGUUGUUAAAAUUUGGCGAGGAGGACCAUUUCGCAUUCCUGGAAUGAAUGCUUUGGUAAUGUACAUUGGACAUAUGGUUUGUUAUAAAAUUUUUCCAUUUCAUUGGAAAUUCGGAAAAAUGAAAACCCAUGAGUUGUUAUUGGCUGAAUCAUUUUGGUGCGUAGGAUUGUGGAUUGUGAUUGCUUAUGUUCUGUACAAGAGGAAAAUAUUUAUAACAUUAUAACAUUUCACAAAUUUCUAAAUAUUACAAUUAUAAAGAUUAUUCUUAGGUUUAUUUCAGUAUUAAAUUGUAUUAACGAUUACUAAUAAAAAUAAACCCGAUCAAUACUUAA